CUGGGCUUAGGUAUUCUACACGCUGCUGGCAUCGGAGUCAAUGUCAGUGUUCCUCAGGCCAUCAUCUAUUUAACUUUUGCGGCUCUUGGCGGUGACGAGCUCGCAGAAAUGGCAAUGGGUUACCGAUACCUGACUGGAAUCGGUGUGGAAUCAAAUUGUGAAACGGCUCUGGCCUAUUAUCGCCGAGUGGCAGGUAGAGUUGCAGAGCAAGUGGAGAACCGCGUGAAGGCGGGUGCGGGCCCCAUACUGCUGGGACCAACAGUGGUGCGCAUCAAUCUGUUGGAGGAACGCGAACAGGCUGUCGGUGGUACUGCGCUCUCGAACUACUUUAUCUCUGAUGACAUCCUCUCCUACUAUAAAUUUGUUGCUGACUCCAACAAUGUCACUGCUCAGGUCACGUUGGGUCAACUCUACUACAAUGGCCAGCAUGGCAUCGAUCUUAAUCAUAAGCUCGCCCUUUACUACUUCAAACGUGCUGCCGAAUCCGGUAGCUCUCUUGCAAUGGCCUAUCUUGGCGAGAUGUACCUUGUGGGUAGCCCACAAGUACCAAAGGAUGAGGCCUUGGCCCUCAACUAUCUACAGCGUGCUGUAUCCGCCGGAAAUCCUAUGGCACUUACUGGCCUAGGGUUAGCUUACCUCCACGGUCGGGCGGGCUUAACACCGGAUCCGGUCAAAGCGAUGGAUUUUUUCGUAAAGGCGGCCGAUCAAGGUUGGCCGGAGGCACAACUUCAAUUAGGCCUUUUAUUCAUGGGCACGCUAGGUUGGAAAGCUGACUAUAAAAUGGCCUUGAAAUACUUCACUUUGGCCUCACAGCAAGGGAACACACUUGCAUUCUACAACCUGGGACAGAUGCAUGCCACUGGGAUGGGCGUGUUCCGUUCAUGUGGCACCGCUACCGAGCUGUUCAAAAAUGUGGCUGAGCGGGGACGGUGGUCUCAACUACUUACGUCAGCCUAUCUUGAGUACUGGUCUGGCAAUCACGAGGUCGCCUUCCUUCAAUAUGUCGCCCUUGCUGAACUUGGCUACGAGGUCGCGCAGAGCAAUGCUGCCUUAAUUCUCGAAGAAGAUAAUGAGCGUUACAAGCGUGCAUUUGUGUACUGGAAACGCUCCUCUGCCCAAGGAUCUUCCACCUCACGCGUACGUCUGGGCGACUACCACUUCUACGGUCUGGGCACAGAAGUAAAUUACGAGCAGGCCAUUCAGGAGUAUCGAUUUGCCUCGGAUGUAAUGCGAAAUGCUCAAGCCAUGUUCAACCUCGGUUACAUGCACGAGCACGGCCUCGGCUUCAAACGGGAUAUUCAUCUUGCCAAGCGCUUCUACGAUAUGGCUGCUGCGACCUCGUCGGACGCGCAAAUCCCCUCGGCUUUAGCUCUUGCCAAGCUCUCCUUCUCAUUUGCAAUUGAAUUUCUACGAAAGUUUACCUUGGUACGCGCUUACCACUGUGCUGUCGGGUUCCCGAAGAUUGCUUGGCUAAGUUGA